UUCACAGAGAGCUCUCCCCUGACUCCCAAACUGAUCAUUUGACGCGGCUUGCAAAGUUCAAAUAAACUUCCCUGAGCCGCUUCUUCAGAGAGGGGGGCUCCUGAUGCAACCUACAGAUGUAAAGAGCAGUUCAUAACACACGCUGAGCGUUUCUGCUGCUUUUUUAAAUGUGCGCCCAAAAUAAAGCGAGAAAGUGGAGCUAGAGUCGAGGUAUUUUUAGUGCAAUCGAUUCCCAACCACGUGUGCACGCGUUGAUCAGGAUGGUCUGCAAGACAACAGUUCAACCGGCCUGUUCGCUUCUCCUGCUCCUCCUCGGAAUUACCUCUGGUGUCGUGCGCUCUGCCCCUGUCUCUGGCCAGCCCAACGCCACCGUGGAGCGCAGAUGGGAGACCCUCUUGUCCCGUUCCAUGCCCCGAAUCCCCGGGGAGAUGAAGGAAAUCAGCCGGGACACUGACUAUUUACUGGGCAUCAAAAGGCUACGGCGGCUUUACUGCAAUGUAGGCAUCGGGUUUCAUCUGCAAGUGUUGUCCGAUGGAAGAAUAAAUGGAAGUCACGAUGAGAGUCGGUACAGUCUGUUGGAAAUCUCUCCCGUGCGGAGGGGAGUUGUCAGCUUGCUCGGGGUGACCAGCGGCCUCUUUGUGGCUAUGAAUAGCAAAGGCAAGCUUUACGGAUCUACAUACUACAAUGACGAAUGCAAAUUCAACGAGAUACUGCUACCCAAUAAUUAUAACGCCUACGAGUCCAACGCAUACCCAACCAUGUACAUGGCAUUAAGCAAGACCGGCAAAGCGAAGAAGGGGAACAAAGUGACUCCGAUCAUGACCAUGACUCAUUUUCUACCGAGAAUCUGAGAGGGGCUCACCUCAGAACUUACCUCAGCAGGGAGGGACUAAUUGUAGGUUGGGGUCUCAACCACGGUCGGUGCACUUUCAGGAAAGUUUUAUGCAAGAUGAGUAGGUGUAUCAUAUAUUUAAAUUAAUUGUGACUAAAUAUUUAAGGAUGUAUAUUUUGCUCAGAAUGUUUAUUUAUAGUUGUACUGGUUUUAUAUUUCUGCAAACGCUGUGCAAGGAAAUAUACAAAUGUGAUGCCUCGUGUGCUUUAGACUUUGUCACAGGUGUGCUUGUCAUGUUUAAAAUUGUGAAACUGAAUUCCUUUAUGCAAUGGGUUUGCACUGGUGUAAUGGAGAUUCGUGUUGUGUUGGUUUUUAAUGAAUCGUUUCUCAUGGCACAGAGUCUUAGUCUUCAUCCAUGAGGUUUAGUAAAUCUGUUCAUUUUUACAUAUCUGCUUGUGACAAUGCUUGGUAUCUGACCUCCGUUGUGUGGCGUUGCUGUGUAAUUUCAAUGGAAUCCGUCUACUUCUGCUGAGGAAAGUACAGUGUUGAAGUCCUAACCCUCAAAUCUGUUUUUAGAUCUGCUGCUGCUGAACUUUGAACUCUCCUGCAGUCAAUCUUUGUCAGAUCUUCAGGUCAGAAGCUAUCCUUAACCUACCUACAGGCUUCAACAUUUUAGUAUUGUAAGUGCCCAGAUGCUUCAAAGGAGUAUUUUCAAUCCUAUUUAUGGCACGUCAAAGAACAAGUUGAUUUGGACCCAGUUUGUAUCGUUAAUAUACCUCACGGGCACUAAAUAGUUCUUCUUUUACCAACCCACAUGAAUAAAGAUACCAAGGCAUCUGCAAUGAAUUUGGGCAAGAUUUAACUUUGUGGAGGAGAUGUAAAAAGCUGCUGCUUUCUUGCAGAUUUCCAUUCCUACAAUCAAAUAAUUAUCUACCUCAUUUUAAGAACCCCGAAUAAAGCAAAGGUAUAGUCUCCUCCCAAAAGCGGCAUAGUAAUUCAAGACUGCGAGUUUGCCCCUGACAUAAUAGCGGUGAUCUUAAGUCAACAUACUACCAUAUGUAGCCAAGGGUAGCCAGUGGGGCGUCUAUUGCAUCCUAGUUGAGCCUUGUCACGUUUGAGCUAUCUUUACCCAGCGAUUUACUUUUAGUACGGAUAAUCAUGGUGAAAAUAUUUGCAGACAGCUGUUAGACUGCACUAUAUGGUCAUUGCGUAACCCUAUAUUUUCUUUAUAUAUUUUUUUCAAACCGAACCUCCGCCCUCCAAGCAAAAGAAAACAGCAGCACAUUUUACUCAAACAAUACGUUUGGGGGUGAGUGUGGUGGGGAGGGCGGUUGGUACUGGUGUUGAAAAGAACAACCCCCCUUUCAGAGUUUCAACUCAAAUAAAGAGACAAAUGUUGCCCAUUCAUGCGUGGAUUUGAAGGUCCAGUUAGAUGGUUCAAAUGGGGGCUGUCACAAAAGUGCAGACAGGGAUUCUGAAGUCCUUCAUUAAAAACUUCUGCCUUGCUCUUUGCUGCUAUGGUGAGGAUGGGGAGGAAAGUGGAAAGCUCUAACUCCUGGGUUUGACACUCCAUCGAUCCGACAGCAACAGAAAGUUCAGUUCAGUUUUCAACAUUCCUUUUAAUAAGCUGCUACUUGGUGUUUUCUAGAACUUUUAAGGGUCCUCAAUGUUUUAGUGAGGAUGAGCUGCUGGAAGGACGGUACUCAAAUCCAAAAUGAGACCGGCAAAAAUCUUACCAGGACGAGGUUAACUCUUUCCGCCUGUGUUUUUUUUUAUAAAUUGAAAUAUCUCCAUGCUAAUGCAUCCAUUUCUGAUCGUCUGCUUUGUCUUCAGUGGGGUUAGUGUGUCAAUGUUUGGUGAGUGAAUUACUGGUGUUUUGUAUUCGUUCCGAUAAUCUGUAUAAUUUGAAUCAUUGUCAUCAUCCUGAGGCAUAAAUUUCUGUUCCUUGUUAUGGGCAUGUAGAGUCACCAGUUUCCUUAAUUUGGCAUUAAAUUAAAUGUGCAUUCUUCACUGGCACAGCACAUGUAAGUCUAAGGUUCAAAUUAUUACUGAAACAUUGGGGGUGGGAAUCUUGCAGGAUUCACCAGCAAUGAAUAACAAUAAGGAAGUCAAAAAUAUACACAGGAAUCUGAAAUGGAAGGAAAAUAGAAUCUACUGGAAGUACACAACAGGUGAGAAAGACAAAUAACUUGUUGGGGAGAGACUUUGCCAGACAGUUUUCAAUUCAAAACAUAAUUUAUGUCACUUUCACAUCAAUAUUCAGUUUGUCUAAUUUUUUUACAGAAAUAUUUAGUAUACAACUUUUGUUUUCAGUCAGUAUAGCAUUCUGAUAAUAUUCCCAUGCAAAUUACACUCAGUACAAUAUAUCUAUAUUUGUUACAGCCUGUAAGAAGCUCGCUGAACCCAAAUGUUAGUGAAAACCUAUGCAUUUCUAUUAACUAAUACUCCACUUCCAAUUUGCUAUCUUAUACUAAGUCAAGGUUAGUACAGCAUUUGAAAUGCAAUGAGACAGUGAGAAGACAGUUAAAUGAACUUGUUAGGCUGACUAGUUGCCUUGAAGGUCCCUGUUAAUUAUGCCUUGGGAUGUACAGACACUGAGAUUUUAGAAUAUUACUUGAUAUGGUUGUCAAAUAAUAUUUAAGCUUUAAAUUUUGUUGGAAUGUGCCUGUAGUUUUAUACAGCUGAUGUUUAAUAUUGUAUAUGUAUGUGCCGUGCACAUUGAAAGGAAUUAUAUAAAUGAAAGCUUAUCUUUUACCUGUGCCAGUGUAUGAAU